AUGAGAAAAACAUCGAUCAUAUUAUCUGGCCUCCUUGUCCUGGUAGCCUGCCUCUUGAGAAGCAGUGAAGCGGUGACAUGCACCGCUGAUCCCACAGCAACUGACUGCGUCGACUGCACGACCAGUCCCACAGACACGGAGUGUGUGGCUGAGGCUGCUGGAACCACUGCUGCACCCACGACAGGAACAGAUACAACAGCGACGCCCACAUCAGGAACAGACACUACCGCAGGACCUGCUACGGGAUCCACUACUGAGGCCUCAUCCACCAGUGGAUCAACUCCAGCUCCGACAAGUUCCGACAGCGACUCUUCGUCUCCCAGUGGCUCCUCCUCGCCGUCGGGAACCAGCGCUAAUAACUCGGCAGCCAUAAGGCGAAGGAGGGCAGCCAGGAGGCGUGCUCAAAGGAGGAGAGCUGCAGCAAGAAGGCGGGCGGCCAGGAGAAGGGCACAAAGGCGCAGGCGUCAAAAUCGAUCCGGAUGA